AUGGUAUGUGUGCCACAUUCCACUAAUCAAUGGACGUGUUUACUUAUUCAGAAGAGACGCCUAUCCUACCUCUGGCUGGCUCUUGGAGUCCCCGUGUUGCUGAUUGUCCACUGUGUAGUCUGGGCUGUGUGUUGGUUUUUUGUUGUUUCGAUUCCCACGGCAAAGCUCAACAGCAAAAUGAUUACCAAAAUCUUGUAUCUACCCCCUGAUGAGGUGCAGAUAGGGGACUGUGGCCGCUCGUCUGGUAGCGGGAAUGAACAGAUGAGCGAAAUUAUCAUGUACGCUCACAGAAGCAUCAAAGUCUACUACUACAAGUAUGCAGUUGAUGGAGUUAAUGUUAUAUUGGCCAACUUGCUCACAUUUGUAAUUUUAUCCAUUAUUUUGGGAUACUCUGUAGACAAUACUGUAAUCAGCGGAGUCACGAAAUGUAUUUUGAGCGUGUUGGCGAUCAUUCCUCUCACGUACUAUAUCGGGAUGGCCAUAACCAGCAUUUCUGCACAAAGCAGCUUUGCAGUGGGCGCCAUAUUGAACGCUACAUUUGGCUCCAUGGUGGAAGUAAUUCUGUUCAUUAUCAUGCUGAAGAAGGGCAGAGACAGUGGCCAGGAGUGUUACCAGGAGCUGGUUAAAUCCUCGCUUACUGGUGCAAUUCUGUGCAGUAUUCUAUUUAUUCCCGGUGUGUCUAUGGUGAUUGGCGGAUUAAAAUUUAGAACACAAAAAUUCAACCCGAAAUCGGCCAACAUCAGUGCAUCCCUGUUAUUUGUGGCCAUUGUUGGUGUAUUUGCCCCUACAGUAUUCUCAAAAAUAUUCGGCAGUUUAAAGUGUCAAGGCUGUGAGCGAAUUUAUAAAGAGUUUACAGUACAUGAGCCUGGUUCUUCCAUUCCGGCCACCAUCAACAAUUCGGUUGGGUUCCUGUGUCAACAGUGUGAGCAGUCGUUGCAAGGUCUACACGGAGACAGAACCCUGUACACAAAACACAUCGAGCCCCUUGUCUACGCCAUCUCGCUGAUCCUACCAAUCGCGUAUCUCAUUGGGCUGGUGUUCACAAUGAAGACACAUUCAGCACAUGUGUUUGAGGAGUUUGAGCUACAGCUAAAGGAAGAGAACGCUGCUAAUGGACACCACGGUACUGCCCAGUGGUCAAGGAUCAAGAGCACCAUCAUCCUUCUCCUGUGUGCCGUGGCCAUCGCACUUUGUGCUGACCUUAUCUCUGAAAACAUUCAACCCCUGCUUGAAAAAACUGGCAUUUCAGAGUACUUCAUUGGAGUCACCAUGCUCUCUUUGGUGUCAGAGUUGCCUGAAGUUGUCAACGGUGUUCAGUUUGCUUUACAGAAUAAUGUCAACUUGGGGAUCGAAAUAGGAUGUUCCACAGCAAUCCAAGUUUGUUUGGUGCAGAUUCCCCUACUGGUGCUAGUUAAUCUCAUCUAUCCAAUGGGGUUCUACGUGGUAUUCAAUGAUGUCCACCUGUGGGCGGUGAUUUUCUCUGUGGUCAUCAUCAACUACAUCUUUCAGGACGGGAAGAGUGACUACUUUCAAGGAUCAAUUGUGGUGUUUAUUUAUAUUCUGCUGAUGUGCAUGUACCUCUUCAUGCUCACCCCGGAGCAUGCGCUCUGCCACAAUGAUGGCCGCCACGUCUCCAAUGUAACUUCCAGGAUAUCAUUUUAA